AGAGCGUAUGCCGCAUGCAUGUUCCUUGUGGAUUGCGUGUGAAAUUCACGGAAAACAAUUACUGGCUGCUGACGAAUUCUCAUUCAGAAGACUUGCUGCUUGUGUCAUUAUGGAGCUCCACCAACUCCAAGGAACGAGUCAGAGACGCGCGGAGAAGUUGCACGUGUUCAAUACUUUGCACGUGCUCAAUACUUGUUUAGUACUCAGCUACUAAAGAUAGCGUCCAGUCCUCUCUGUCGCUGGAGAAGUAUUGUAGACGCGAGACUACACACUGACACUACACACUUCGGCAGUGUAGUUGGAGAUGACUGGUAUAGACACCACAAUGGACACAGUGAUAGAGUACCUGGAGAGUAUGAACGACAUGGCUGACAAGCUGAUGGACGACAAGCUGAUGGACAACUCCCAGCAGUUGCUGGAAGAUCUUGAGAUUAUCACCGACUGGAUGAACGACCUCCUUGAUCUUAGACUAGAAAGUGAGACUCUCCUGGAGAGGAUACGGGACGGUGUUGUCCUGUGUCAGCUAACUAACGCUCUGUCCUCCACCGCCAGACUUGCUGGAGCUCCUAACCCUCCCCCUCCCGGUAUCAGACGGUACCACAAGAAGUGCAAGUCUGAGAGUAUCCAGGCCAGAGACAACGUCUCCUCCUUCUCGUUGUGGUGUAUGUUGUACGAGGUGCCCCCUGUCCUCAUCUUAUCUGCUGAUGAUGUGGUUAUGGGGAGGAAUGCUGCUUCUGUUGUCAGUCUGCUCCUGUACUUGGUGAGGAAGAGUUCAGACUUCUCGCCGCCCACUCUCUCCAGAAAGUCUUCAACCUCCUCAUCAACAGGUUCAUAUUACGAUAGAGUGAACCGCAGGAGCUUCUCUAGGAAGACUUCUAUUGGUGACUGUUUCCAUGAAGUAAUGAACCAGAACAACAGAAAGAGUUACCGUAACAGAUCCCUCUCUGUGGAUAGCGAGGGUAGUCUCUGUAGCAGCAGCGGGUCCGCUCGAAGUCCUGUUACCAGUAACGAGACAUCAGAAGCCGAAACUCUGAUUAGAGAUCUGAACCUAGCCUGCAGGAAUAUAAGCAAAAAGAUCGUUGUCUCUAAUGUCGAUAUCCCAGGCUGCAACGGUCAAGAUCCACUAUUUAUUGAUAAAGCAUUAGAAGAUGAAUCCCAAGCAUGCUUGCGGAGGAAAAAUCGUCUCUUCAAACGGUCAAACACUGUUGGACAUCUUGAAGCAAGCAAAAUGAACAGCAACCUCAACGGCAAAAGGCGGUUUAUCUUGAAGAACUCUAGCAAGAAAGCCGAUGAUUUGGACAUAAGUGGAGAGGAGUUGAGUCUGGAAGAUAUGGAGUAUCUGCUGUUGAGCACAUCUGAUAACGUAUCUACAAAGAUAAAGGCUCUUUAUAAAUUAAUAGCUCUUAGAGCUUUAGAGCGCCAGUCGAGGUCGAGUGUGGCAACGGACUUAACAACACGUGUUUAUCCCUACUUCACCCUCACCACCCACACCUCCAAGGAGAAAGAAACUGCUUUUAGAACUCUCAAAACUUUCCUGAUCAGCAAGAUUUCCGAUAGAAAGGAUGUUUUGUUUGGUGACGUGUUCGAUAUUUGGAACAGGAGACACUCCUGAGAACUUUUCGGGGUGCCUUGCGCUGAGAUUCUGUUUGGUCGCGAGCAAUAAUUGUGCUCAAUUUAUGCUAUAGAUAGAAAUUUCUAGACAGGAUUUGCGCUGAACACACCCCUAGUAUUGUGUUGAUGAUCUGUGUAUACCAAUCCAUGUUGGAUACGACAUAAUAGAAACGAUGAACCUUAUUUGAGAAAGUUAUAGUGUAGUUAAAUAAGUUAUGAUUAUUUUAUUGUGAUAGCGGCCGGAAUUGCAAACGUUUUGAUAAUGGCAAUUUAUUUUACUAGCUGGCUCCCCUAAUAUAGGGGCAUUUGGCAUGUAUAAUGAAACCUGACAAUUAUUAAAAUAUAAAUAAGCAUAUUGAUAUUCAUAUAGUCAUAAAUGGUAUAGGCUAUACUUAUAGGUAAUGCCAAGAUUUUAGAUUGAUCGAGAAAUAACAGAUAUUUAUAGGGCUGCAUUGCCAUUACGACUGCAUUAUAAUUGAUUGUUUUUCAACUACAUGUACGAUGUAAGGUUAGGCCGAGAUCAGAACUUGUCAUUCCAUGGAUCUAAAUAAUAUAAAUUGUGUUUGUGAUGUCAAGAUUCCAGUGAUAAAUGAUUAAG